AAGUGCAGCUCAAUGGAAAGGGCGGUAUAUGGAACAGCUUCUUCAUACAGGACCUCCGACUAGGGAAAAAUAGAGGGGGAAAAACCCCUCAAUUUCUAAUCAGGCGUGAGGCUGGCUUUCGACAACCUCACUGUGAGCUGGAGUUUGGCCAGAAGCAAGCGACUAGUCAUCAGAUCUGAUGUGACCGGGUAAAAACAGAAGCGGGAGAGGGACCUCCGCAGAUGCUCGGGGAAAACUAUCCAACGGAGGGUAGAGAGAGGCGCUGGUUAAAUGAAAGUGCGGCCAGGAAAUUGUGCAUUGAUUAUAGAAGCAAUAAAGCUCCUCCCUUAUGCUGGCAAAAAUAGACAAACGGAAUCCGAAAGAAAUGCUUUAUUCUUGUAGUAACCGACAGAAAAAAAGGGACGCUUCUGCCUCCCAGAGAAGUCAGAAAGGGAAUUUACGCAAAAACAACAAGAAAUCCCGAAGGUUUGGAGUUAUUUCCAGAACAUUCUUAUUGUGCAAUUCACAUAGCAAUGAUGAGAGAGCAAGUGUUGAGGAAAACGAUUCCACAUCGAGGGACAGAGUGUCUGAAGGUGCUGUUGAAUUAUCUGAAAAUACCUCUGAGUCUCACUUUAAAUCACAAGCUCAAAAGAAGGUUCUGAGGGUCAAGGUCUCCCUAACUCCAAAUGAACUGAGGACAAGUGAUGUUGGUGAACCUGGAAAAGAUGUAAGGAAAGAGCGUCCCAGCAAGGAACGUAAAAGCAAUGGGACAAUUGAAGUGGAGUUAGCUAAAGGAUUGUUUCCUCAAUCACUUGAUCCACAGACUGAAUUUUCCUGCCAAAGAAGUCGCUGUAACUCAACAGACGUAAAUUCUUCCUGGGUGGACAAAAACGUCGAUUCUCUGGUUACCGCGAAACAAAAUCUCUGUAGGAAUCCUCCGACAUAUUUACUUUGUGGCAACAGGAAGUCUCUCUCACAGCAGCUGGAAGCUCCAGAAAGUGUCCAAACAAUCACACGAGCAACUCGAUCCUUAAGUUCAGCCCACUUAUUCCACUUGGGUUGCAGUGCACCAGCCUCUGUCAUUUCAAACAUUAUCCUGAUGAAAGGCCAGGGGAAGGGACUGGGCUUCAGCGUGGUUGGAGGACGAGACAGUGUUUACGGACCCAUGGGGAUCUUUGUGAAGACGAUAUACCCAGAGGGAGCAGCUGCUGCUGAUGGGCGGCUAAGGGAAGGUGAUGAAAUCCUUGAAGUGAAUGGAGUGUCUAUGAAUGAAUUAACCCAUGAAGAAGCUAUACAGAUAUUUAAGCAAGUAAGGAAAGGAGUUCUCAUACUAACAGUCAGGACGUGUCUGAAGGGCCCGAGUCUCAGGCAGCGUCAAUCAGCAGCAUGCCUGAGCCGUUGUUGGUCUGUCAGCUCAAAUGGUCAUAUCACUCGAGGAAGCUGUUCAAGCUUGGAGCUGGACAACAUGCUUUUCCUGCCAAAGAUACCAAAUCCCGAUGACAGAGUAAUUAUGGAAGUCACUUUAUACAAAGAGGAUGGUGUUGGUCUGGGAAUUGGGUUGUGCAGUGUGUCCACACAGCUGCAGGCGUCCUGCAUUUAUAUCCAUACCCUUUCUCCGGGAUCAGUGGCGCAUCUAGAUGGAAGGCUGCGGUGCGGUGAUCAGAUUUUAAAAAUUAAUACAACCAACAUCCACAAUCUGACUCUGAAUGAAGCUUACACCCUUCUCCAGCACUGUAGGUCUGGACCAAAUGAUCUAGUGAUUAGUCGGCAUCCAGAUCCCUUGAUCUCUGAGCAGCAAUUUCAUGACGCAAUUCUGCAAACGGUAGAAAAUGCACGGUUCAAUAAGGACAGUUAUCAAUGGAGCGCGCAAGGCUUGAGGAAAAUCGAGGCAAGCUGGCACAGAAAGAAGACAUGGGAAAAGUGCAUGGACAGGAGUUUUACCAGAAAAGUUCAGAAGCCAAUGACUCGCUCCAGCAGUGACAGCAGUUACUUUAACAGCACAGCCGUGAACUCUGGCACACUCAUCUAUGUCAAUCACAGCAAAGGCCUGCAGGCAGACGUACCUGGAUCGGAUAGUCCACGGAUUGACACGAUUGGGAUGCCACCAGAGAAAGAGCAUGAACUACUAGGUGGUCCCAAUAAGGACCUUUAUUUCAUCAAAGCUAAUGAUAAGCUUGCAUCAAAAGUGACUGAUAGAAACAAUAAUGAUUCAAAGAGGAUGCGUCCACCAACUCCACCGCCCAGGACGACGAGCUACAAGGGUUCCAAACAGGAUCACUUUAUUUCAGAGGAAGUGAAAAAACUGCAGUCGCAAGAACAUCAAGCAGUUUCUACUUGCUCAGAAGCCUUCACCCAAAUAUCUGCUCCAGACCAAAGUCAAUACUUACCUUUACGCAAUUCCUAUCAUCCCGACCUAAGAGGAACAAACCAAGCGAACUGCUCAGAGUCUGCAAGGCCUUUGCUGAGGAGACAGGCAUGUUUGGAUCUUUGCUGCAAGACCGAGAAACAGGAAAUCUCUGUUAGAGCGGCUGAGGCAGCAGAAAACGUCCAGGACAUAGCUGUUUCGACAGCGGUGGAAGACUCGGUGGGUAAGGCAGUUCACAAAGUGAUGGCAGAGCUUCGCACCGCAGCAGAGUCACAGGAACUUCCCACUCCGUCAGUACUCCCACAACUGCCUGGAAAUCAAGAGGUGAUCACGAGCCAACAUAUCAACGGGCACGCCGAUGCUGCCUCUAUUGACAACCACAACUUAAACGCCACUGCUCGCAAACAUGAAAUGGAAAGGGAAGCAGUUACUUCACCCGAGGACUUGGAAGGAGUCUCAUCUUUAGAAGGCCAAAGACGGCUUCCAGCUGACAGAGUGGUGGAAGGAAAGGCAUUGGAACUCUCAUCUUGUGUUCCCACCUCUCAGCUAAAGGGUCCCGGCCAUGGUAAAAUGGAGGCAUCGUCAACUGAAGACAUUGCAAUGCUACCCAAAGGAAAAGCCCUUGGAACUGUGUCCAGUAAGAAUUGGGCUACGUCAAGGCCCAAAAAUGACUUACAGCUGAAGCCAGAGGAUGAUGUGUCAUCAAUUAGGAAGCUGGAUGUAAAGACAACAGUGAAGAAAGGACCUCCUGUAGCUCCCAAGCCAGCGUGGUCCCGACAAAGCCUGAAAGCUUUAAAGAGCAGGAUUCAGGCCAGUGGCGCUACCAAGGAAAGCAACAAUGAGAGAGCCCUUGCCUCGACUGGGUCAUUCACUCCACGAGUCAAAUCCAUAAAAGACAAGAUCUUCUCCUUUGAAACUUUCUCCAGUUCAGAUACACCAGACAAAGAAAACAGAAACAAGGCUCAUUCACUGCUGACCUCGGGUAAAGCCCUGGAAAGGACUGCCUCAGCCCCAAGUGGUGAACAAGGGUCAAAAGUAAAGUUGAUAUCUUCAGGUACCUCAAAGCACCCUCCUGAUAAUGGGAAUGUGGGACCUGUAUCUCAGGCUCUGGUGAACGAGCUGACCCCAGUAGCGCAAGUCACCAAUAUCUCCCCUGGUCCAAGAAGAUGUUAUAGUGCCAGUAGCGAAUCAUCCGCCUCAUUGCCUGGCUCUCCAGUGACACCAACACAGCCCGUGAAAUCGCCGGGGCUGCGGACUAGAAGCUUUCCCCUGGCUGCCAGUACCACCUAUGAGUCUUGCCACGUAAAAUCUUUGAGAGAAGGACAGUUCUCGGCCAGCAGCGACAAACUGCAUACCGUCAGCAACCAACUGUCACAUGCCCUGAUGAGAAGUAUACUCGCCCUCCCCCUGUCACCGGUAUCUUUGUGUGGAAGUCCUUGGAACUCGCACACCUCCACUCCAUCCGAGGACCUGUUGUUGGCGGAGAAGUCUCCGUUGUCUUCGCCAACAGUGAACAAUCAGUUGGAGAAAGGCUUCUCUCUCAGUCUUGCAGAGUUGAGAGACUGCACUAUUAAUCUGGCAGAGGAAAACCAGAAGGACGACGAUAGAAAAGAAGAUGGAAAGAAAGAGCGCAGCUCAUCGUUAUCUUCCUGUGUCUCUGCACAGUCUGUUAUGUCCUUGAUUCCUACAGAAGAGCUGGAGAAGCUGAUAGCAGAAGUAAAGAGUCUGGAUGAGGAAACCUUAAAGCAACUGGAUGACAUCCAUGUCGUGGUCUUGCACAAAGAAGAAGGCUCUGGUUUGGGAUUCAGCAUUGGAGGUGGUGCGGACUGUGAAAACAAAGUGACUACUGUUCACAGAGUGUUUCCAAAUGGCCUGGCCAUGCAGGAAGGAACAAUUCAAAAGGGGGAUGAGAUUUUGUCAAUCAAUGGGCAGUCAUUGAAAGGUGCGACUCACUCUGCGGGUCUGACCAUCCUGCGUCAAGCUCGACUGCCAAGGCAAGCGGUAAUUGUGGUCCACAAGGGCAAGGAAAGUGAAACCAAGUUCAGCACUUCAACAGAAUCUGCAACAACUGAGAACCCUGCAGGUUCAGAAGACAAACUGAACACUUUCACCGUGACACUUGAAAAGAACGCUGCAGGAGUUGGCUUCAGUUUGGAAGGAGGAAAGGGUUCCAUUCAUGGAGACAAACCACUGAUUAUCAACCGGAUUUUUAAAGGAGGAGCAGUAGAACAGAACAACAUUAUUCAGCCUGGAGAUGAACUGUUGCAACUAAACUCCACUGUCCUCCAAGGUCUUAGCCGCUUUGAGGCUUGGAACAUCAUCAAAUCCUUGCCAGAUGGCCCUUGCACAGCAGUAAUUAGGAGGAAUGGCCCCAUUCCUAGCACAGCCAAAGACACAGAGAUAUCACAAGAUGUUGAACGAAGUUGCUAAUAAGGAGCUACUCAUUUAUACUCACAUAAUUCAGUUAAUCUAGAAAGUGGACUAUAUGGUAUUGCCCAUUGCUAUGUCAGUGACAGAAGGAAGUAGUUAACCUUUUAAUUUGCUACUUCUGUGAACAGCUGGGAUUUUAUCUUGAGCAAUUUUAUUCAUCAAAAAUAAGUAAGACGGGAACAUAUCAUUCCAAAUCUCAGUUCAAUCACAAGUAAAAGCAGACUAAUUACACCGAGCAGUUCCUGCAGAAAGAAGAAUAAAAAGUAAAAUGUUUUGAACUGGUGACAUGACUUAAAUAAACUUCUUGCCAACCUUGUACCAUAUUUCAAACUUGAUUGCUUCAUUCAGUCAUGAAAUGAGCUGUUGACCAGUAGUGGGUCCGUCACAGGGAUUGUCCAUCUCUCCUUCAGCCCGUCAAUUGUUGGAAACGUCCUUGUUUUUAUCUCACAUUGUACUAGGCUCUCUACUACCCAGAUAUCUCCAGUGACUUGUCACUGGUGAUGUCAAUUCACAUACAUUGGUCCUCCCUUAAUUUCUCCUUUUAAUAUGAACUCCUAGCCUAUGUUUACAGCCACUCCCUUCAAAUGGCCAUUUUACAAGCCACGACUUCAUUUCAGCUGAACUACAUUUCAUGAAAACUAACUGAACAUUAGUUCCUGAAGGUUUUCUUUAUUCAAUCUAAAGAUCUCAUCCUUCCCAAAACUCAAGAAUCCAUCCAUUCAAGUCCUCUUCUGAAAUUCAUGAUGUGAAAACUGGAAGGUGGGACCAACUGCAUAGUAACAGAAGAAUUAGCUGUUUGUGUGGUAUUAAACAGAAAUCUGCAACCCAUUCUACAAUACUGUGACAUUCCUUAUUUGAGAAAAAGUACUGGAAUUAAAACAGGAAAUACUGGGGACAAGCAACUUCAUAAGAAUGUAUAAAAAGUUAAAGGUUCUUGUUGAUCUGGACCUUUCUUGUUAGCUAGUCCCUUUGCUUUACAGAAGUAUCCGACUAGCUAUGGACUCCAUCACUCUUGCUUUUGCACCUCAUUGUUUACAGCUUUACUGCGUUAAAGAUUCUGACCAUCAUUGAUGAUGAUAAAAUUGUGGGCACUGGGUUUGAAUUGUUUCUGCAGCUUUCAUGUAAUCUUGCUCAGGGCAGUGCAUUGUACCUGUUCCUUCAGCAGUAUUGUGAUUUUAAAAGUGGUUUACAGUUUGAUUUCUGCGGAAAAUUGAUCUUCCAAGUGCACAAAUAAAAAGACGUCUGCUGCGUGACAGAGGUCUGAAAUUAGUACUGGAUAAAAGUUUAUCAUAGAAACUACUUACGUUUCGAAAGCACCAUACACAACUCAAGGACAUUAUAAAGCACCUUGCAACCAACCAAGUACUUUCAAAAGUUUAACCACUGCUGCCAUGCAGGAAACACAGCAGCUUACUUGUAUUCAAGUUCACUCAGACCAAAAUGUGGUUGUAAAUGCAGCCAUGGGAUCUUUUAGUUAUCGAACAGAGAAGAUGGAAACUCUGUUUCAUGCAACAGUCAAAACAC